GUAUUACGCGCACUGUGCAAGCAAUCAUGAAUUUACGUAAUUACUCUCUUAUUUUUUUCUUCUUUCCCGCCCAUAACUGUUAAGCUGUUUCUGCAAUUGCCCGCCUCCCCAACACCCCCCACCCCAUCCCCUGAAAGGCUCCAAACUCCCAAAACGUUUAGAACGAUCUCUACUGAGGCAUCCCUCCUUUACUUCCUAUGUGAAAUUCUCCAUAACUUCAGUGAAUAGCUCAUCGAUAUUAAGGAUUUCCAGAAGUCCUAAUCCAUGUAUACGCCUGUAACAGCAUUGCUCUGUUGAUCAGCCACGAAGGUCAGGAGUGGGAACCAUUUCUUCGAUCCCUACUCUUCUUCCUUUGAAACUGGUUCCAGCUGCUUGUGGCUCUCAUUCCAUUCAAUUAACUGGAAUUACAAAGAUGGAGCUUGAUAGACGGUCAAAUUUUCAAGAUGAUCGAAGAAGCAACUGUCGGAGCUUUGGCAGCAACAAUCAUCCUUGUAGCCAGUCCAGAAAGAUGUCCAUUGGAGUUAUGGCAGAUCAAACUGUGAAACUGAGAUCUGGAGAUGGAGAGGAGAAAAAGUCUUCACUUUCAAAUACAGAAAAAGUAACUUCAAAUAGAGGAAAAAUGCCAGACGACAGAAAUAAGUCAGGAAUGGUGACUGCUGUGGAAAUAAAGCAAGCAGCCGAUCCUAUGCACAAGGUCUCCCCAUGGACUAGUACCAGAUCCUUGCAUCAAGAAACAACAACUGCUAAGACAGAUAACUUUUUUGCUAAAGAAACCUCAGUUUUACGGUCUGCCAAUGGUACACAGAAAAAAUUCAGCAAAGCAAAUGGACAAAUGGCACUUCAUUUUUAUGCAAAACAGACUUCAAUUUUACAUUCAGUCAAUGGAGUGGGCAAGAAACUGGACAGUGUAACCUAUGGGAGGGCAUUGGGAAAUGAUGGAACCACAAAAAGGGUGGAAGAAUCUGCAUUUGCAGCAGCACUGGAAGUCUGUGUGCCGGAUGGAGGAACAGAAAAGGGAGAAACAGAUAAAACAGCAAAGAGAAGCAAUGAAGAUCUAAGAAUGAAGCUUUGGGAGAUAUUAGGGACUGCUCCCUCACCAAAUGAACAAAAUCCAGAUACUCCUGCUCAGACUCCUAAGGUGGGCAUGGACAAUUUGAAGCCGGUUAGUCAUUUGAACCAAAAUGGCAAUAAUGUUGUCAAGCCAAAACCCAACUCAGAUACAAUGCAGAUAGAGUCCACGCCUUUUCCCAUUGAGCAGAUUCCAGUAUCACAGUCCCAGAUUCUUGAAAUGGGUGGAAAGAAUUCAAAGAAAGUUGGUCAUUUGUACCAAAAGGGUAACAAAGCUGUGAAGCUAAGACAGCUGUCGGAUACAAUAGAAACUGAUACUCAAAGCACCAAUCAGACUUGCAGAAGACCAGUCACUCGUUCUUCAACUUGGAAAAAAGCUCCAGCUGUGGUGCGAUUAAAGUUGCAGCACAAGGUUAACUAUGGAGGACAUGCAUCACCUUCCUUGAACCAUAGGGGUAAAUUUCAAAAGAACAUUUUCUCUUUUGAUGAUGCAGAAGGAUGGUCUACAAGAUUGCGUGGGACUGUGGAUGGCAGUUCCUCUAUGCUUAGGAGGAAGAAGGAUGAGAGAAAUGGUAGUAGACUUGCACCACGGAAGAUUUACAUCCCCCAAAAGGAUAACACAGAUACGGUUCUGCAAUGCAUUGAUAGGAGAAAAACACCACUGCCAGCAAAGAGGAUGAUUUUGCAUUCUAGAAUUGAAGGUUCUCAUGUUUCGUCUCCGCAGGCUGACAGUAAGGAUCUGCGAGCUGCUGACAUGAGAAAAAUAUCACCUCCAGCUGAGAAAGACAUGAGUCUGCCAGCCAAUGAUAGAACACCACCUAGAUCAGAGAGGAUGAUGUCAAAUGGUAGGAUGGAAGGUUCUAAGGAUACCCUGUGUGGCGCUGAGAGGAGAAAAACACCACCUCCGGUGAAGAGGACUAUGUUUCAUAGAAAUCGACUGGAUGCUUCGCAUAAUCAUCUUCAGGAUAAAACAGAAUGUCUGCAAAGUACUGAUAGGACAACAGCACUCCCAGCUGAGAGGACAGUGCCAUGUACUAAUGGCAUGGAAAAUACUCAUGGUUACCCUCCUCAGAAUAACAGAGACUCCCUUCAACCAAAGAGUGGAUUCCUAGAUGAUAAUCUCCAUUGCCCCCCUACAAGGAAGAAGACAAAUCAACAAGAAAAAAUUAACAGUCCCCCAAAAGCACUAAUGAAUGCACAGCAUCAAGGUGGUCUACGAAGCCCAUCAUCAGAGAAGAAUGAUCCAAAAGAUGAUUUUCACACUUCAAUGUUUGGAAUAAAACCACUGUUGCCAGCAAGGGAACUGAUAAACCAGGAUGUCUGCAUCUCUGCACCAGCUGAGAGAAGAUCUAUGGUAGAAGGUUGCUGUAGCCUGAGGACUUUGGGGGCCUCAAAACGAGGUUCUUUUGCAUUGCAUGAGAGAUCAGAAUCCUCUCAUGAUACUGGGGAGCUUAAAAAGUCAUCUAUCAGGGAAUUGCUUCCUACCAUGGGAGAAAAUGGUGCUGAAUCUCAGCUUUCUCAGUCAUCUGAGGAACAAGAUGCUGCAAGCUUGGAAGAAGAUUUGCCCAUCAGUAAAGGUUGCAGGCCAACAGAUAAAUGGUCUCCAGGUAGGCCUGAAAAACCACCAGCCAUGAUUCGUGCAAAUAAGAGACCUCGUGACCAGGAAGGAAUUAAAAUCUGCGAAAUCGGCACCACCUCAACACCCCUGAGAGGGACUGAAGAGAAAAAUAAUGGGGUCCAGGGACCUUCUGACCAAAACUAUGAAGAUGGCUUGGAGAGGACUGUUGCUCUUUUUGCUCUAUCUUUAGAGAGAUUUAAAUCCAGAGUGAAGUCACAGACAAGCAAGAAAUGCUCUCAGAUCCUGGCAUCUGUUGCUGAGCGGAUACAGUUGCAACUACAGAAUGUUGAGUCUCAGAUUCUGGCAGACGUAGGGAAGUUCACAAGCCUUGGCAAGUCUAAGAGGAAACGCCUGGAAACAAGAUUUGAAGAGCAACAAGAAAGACUGAAGGUAAUACAGGACAAGUUCAAGGAAGAGGUUAACCAGCAUCUCCAGGACUCAAAGAGCACACUUGAAGAGCUGGAAGCCUACAAGAUGGACUUAAAAGGAGCUGCAGCAAAACAAAAGGCAUCACAUCGAAAGCUUCUCCUGCAAGUGGAAGAGUCAAUAGAGGCCCAACUUGGUGAGGUUGAGAGGAGAAUCACUACAAUCCACAAGGUGGCGAGGGAUAAGAUGCUCGAACUGAAGCAUGUGAUUAAUGAGAGUUCGAAAGGUGUUCUCAAUUGAUGGCGAGUUUCAGUUUUACAUUUUAAACCCGAGACUCCCAGAAGGAAGAGAGAUGACAGGUUCAUUUUUUGGAUAGAAAAAAAAAAGGGGCUUAGAAGUUUUCAUUCUAGGAAGUUUCUGUCUAACAGAGUGUAGGACUUGUGCAUUUUAGUACUUUCAUAAUGCCAAAGCUUGUAUCAGUUUCUGUCA